GAAAACGCUUCUAACUCGUUGGCUGCAGUGGUGUACUUGUGCAAGUUGUGGGCCUGUAGCCACGAAAAGUUCUGUAUGCUUAAAUUUGGUGAAAGCACAGGCCAGUAACAGAUCAAAUCAUAAUGUUCAUUCCUUGAUGAGCUGUUUGGUGUGACCAGACAUUGGACAGAAAACAGAAAACCAGUGACAUAGGAGUAAAUUGUUGAUAUAAGAUCAAAGAUGAGCAAAAAGAAAAAGAAAUCCACUGUAAAGUCACCUGGGACAUGUACAGGGGAAGGCGAUACUGUUAAAAAACCUGAUGGCAGUAUUAAUCCAGUAGACCAGCUACAGCAGUUACUGUUGUCUCUCCCAACACAAGGCAUCCCCCAAGACAAGGUGGUACUUCCAAAUGCAUCAUUACCAGUGAAAGAAAAGAGCAAGAAAAUUGUUACCACAAAGACUUUUACCAAAGGAAUGAUGGACAUAUCUCUGUUGACAUCCAAUGCUACACAACUUCGCUCCGUUCUAAUGGAUCCAGAUCACACAUUCCGAGAACUACUCUUGUGGUUGUUGAUAUUGUCUAUAUGUUUACAAGUAACUUCUACACUAUUGCUCAUCCUUGCUGAUGCCUUCAAGUCAAAUGACACUGAAAAAGACAACUCCAACUCUAGACGACAUUUGACCUUUAGCUCUAUGGCACUUACCAUCCUAGUGACUGUUGCCAAUAUUUUGAUAUCUGCCUUUUAUAUGCCGGGAGACCACCGUUCUAGAGUAUCAUGAUAGUGGAGAUCUGAUGAGAUGCAAUGUUUUGUUUUCAAGAUCUAAAUCAUGUGAUGAAUUGAUGAGUUGGUUUUGUUAUAUACUGUAAAGUUGUAAACGUGGAAAUUUACGCGAGGGGGAAAUUUACGCUAAUUACACAGAGUCCUUUUGAUCGCAAAAUAUACCCCAUGCAUAUUAUUUUGAUAUCAAUUUGCCUAAUCUCGAACUACAAACCAAGGUGGAUCGAUCACGAAAAUUACCCCAACGUGUAUAGUUUACAUAUCAAAGUCGUGAAAUUAACCACUCACGAAAAUAACCACAGUAUAAAAAUGAAAUUUGUCUACAUUACCAUAUUUUGUAGAAAUGUCUAAAUGUGAUGAUAAUGUUGCUUUGCAUAUCUUCAAGGAGAAAACAAAUGAUAAACAAUUGUAUACAGAUAAAGCUCCUACACCA